CCCGACGAGACAGUCCGCGUCCAGGAGGAUGGCGAUAAAAGAGCAUACACAUGCAUAAUCGCGUCUAAACGCACGUUCACCUCCGGGGCUGGCUGGCUGGCUGGCUGGCUCUCGCCUCUGGCCCUCCGCGUCGCCCUCCAAAAUGUGAACCCUGACCCGAAGAGGGGAAAUCGCGCGAGAGUGAAAUCGCCGCCUUCGUCGAGCGGUGCAACGAGCCGUGCGACCAGCCGUGGUUCCCGUGGUGCGCGCUGCUCGAGUUUUGUUUUGUCCCUCCCUCGCUUUCUCGUUUUCUCUCUCUCCCUCUCUCUCUCUCCCCCUUUCUCGCUCUCGCGCGCUCUCUCUUUUUCUCUCUCUCUCCCUCCCUCUCUCUCUCUCUCUCUCUCUCUCUCUCUCUCUCUUUCUCUCUCACCGCGUGGCAGAGCAGAGAAAGAGUAGCAAAACCUUUGGCCUUUGACGGAUAUCCUCCAGUUGACGGUGUGGAAUCAUGAACAGCUCGCCGCAGAAUUCGGAGGUGGUGGCCGGGCAACAGCACCGGGCCGGCGGUGGUGGCGGCGGUGGUGGCGGCGGCGGUGGCGGCGGCGUCGUCGAGAACAGCGACGAGGAAGAAUGGAGUGGUGUCGUGGAAUGUGUAAUGUUAUUGCAUCGACUCGUGUACCGAAAGAAUGAUUUUUAUUUGCUGAAACAGCCUUCCUCGAGCAGUUUCUUGUUGCCCAUUUCAAGUUGUUUUUCGUGGUCAAGGAAGUUCUGUGGGUUGCACAACGCUGUUCUGGAGAGGUCGAAGUCGGAUCGAGCGACGCGUACGGACGAGGACAGACGUCGUCGCACCAUCAUCGUCGAAAAGAAGAACGGCACGUACGGUUUCACCUUGCAGAGUUAUGGGAUCCACUACAAAAGGGAGCAGGAAAUCGAGAUGGUCACGUACGUGGAUUACGUCGAGUACGACGGGCCGGCGUCCAAAGCCGGCAUGCGGGAGGGCGACGUGAUACUCUCGAUAAAUGGCCACGAAAUGGACCGAGCCGACCACAAAACCCUGGUCAACUUCAUAAAGAACUGUGAUACUAGGAUGCGUAUGGUGGUGUCUUUCGAAGACUGCGUGAGAAAGGUGGAAUUGCAUAUGCGUUACAUCGAGCUGCAACGUGCCCUCCAAUCGCGAUUAGGCGAGCUGGAGAGGCUGUGCGAGAGGGAACAGUCCAUCAUAAUGGGUCGAUGGAAAACCCAUUCACUGCCAGCACGAAAACGUACGCCCAACACCGUGAUCGCCAACAACCCCAACCAGCCGUCGCCGUCGUCCAGUUUCAACUCCUCGACGAUUCAGUGUUGUCGGCCAGCCACGUCUACCGAACACCUUCUGCUGUACAACGUGUUCUCCGAUGGUCGGCCGUGCUUGGUGCCCCGGAACGCCGCUUGCCUGGUAGCAGUGGGGCCGCCGCGGUCCCGCAGCGAUCACCAUCACUUUCUGUCGAAGAUGUCCAGCGACUCCAGCGUGGCGACCUCUUCGAGACACAGCUAUCACCAAGCGAACGGCAUGAGCAACACACCGGCGAAAUCGAAAUCGCACAAGUCUUGCCAGCAACAGCAGCAAUCCGGCGGAGAGCCGGCUCUUCAUGCUCCUCCUCAGACCAGCUUGUGCGUGGCUUGCAUUUCUAGCACGAAUCGUCGAAGAGAACAAGCGGACAACGGUAGCUUGGACGCGUACGACCUGGCCAGUCCUUGUUGCGACCCAAAUUGCGUGCCUAGUCGGCGUCGUCGGGAGAAACAGAGGCGAGCGAAGACCGAGCAAAAUCAUCAUCAACAACAGCAGCAACAGCAACAGCACCAGCAGCAACAGCAGCAGCAACAACAACAGCAGCAGAUGCAGCAGCAACAUCAUCACGUGCAACGGGAUCAGCAGCAGCAACAGCAACAACAACAGCAGCAGCAGCAGCAACAGCAACACGGUACGCACAAUUGCUCGCGAACCUCCGGGCACAGUUUGCAUUCCAUCACCAGCAGCGACGUCUCUACCAUCGCAGACAGCGUAGCUUCCUGCACAACUAGUCUCAGCACGGAUACCCUGUAUUGGGAUCCGACGAAUGUUCAUCAACGACCACCGCCGUGCCUUCAGUACGCAAAACCAAAGUCCUGGGACAAUCUGACCACAAAAGCGUUCGGCGGUUAUGGAUUUGGGUACGGGUACUUGGACACGGCUACCAUAAAGACGCACAGCGCCGAGAGGCCGGGUAAAGGAUCCCAUGGCCGAGCCAAAACCCCGACCGGCACCGUUCAGAGACGAACGAGCACCAGCACCACGUAUUCCGGUAGUUCCGGUAGGCAUUUCCAGCCGACAAAGUCUACCGAGAGUCUGCUGAUACCGCCCCCUUAUCAGACCGAGUUGGACGCUAGCCUAAGUUGCGAGUGCCUGGACGGACCCACUCCCAGAUGCGUGCCCGUCGUGCAGAUCGAGAAACAUGGUCGGCAAGAGGAGGCUGCUUACAUUAUUAGCACGCACGCGCAAGUUAGACAUCGCCGAUCUAGUCAUUCCGAUGGGAAGUUGAGGGCUCUAAACAAUUCCGAGGUUACUCGGCUCAUAAACAGCCAUUUAAAUGACUCCUUAAAACAGAGAGAAGUAUUACCAGAAUUUUCGGACGAUGAGAAGGAAGAUCCUGUGGAAGAGCAACCCAUAGUUGUUGUAUUAAGCACGGGUGAUUUAACUGCAGAAGAAGCAGAUGCAUUCAUAAAGAAGAAAGAGAAAGUCCCUUGUCCUCCUAAAUCGUUUGUGUCGCGUGAACGAGCACGAUUUUUCGGCCGGACCGCGCGGAAAUCUCGGCAACGCGACGCGCCGACUGGAAACCGACACCUACCCAACUACCAAUUUUGUUGGUUAUGGGAACAAGGAAAUAGGAAUCAACUGUACAGUGGUGGCCCCAUGGAAGGCACGUUGGAAGAACCCCCUGUUAAGGACUCAUCUCAGGCCAGUCCUGAUAAGGUUCUCAAAGAUGUUGUGAUACCAAAUGGAGUUAAUGGAAAUUAUAAUGACAAUGAGGGAUUCGUUGAUACGGAAAAUGCAUCUGAUCUGUCAAAAGAAACCAAUGAUGCGACAAAAGAGGAGGGGGAGGAAAAUGAAGAAGAAGAUGACGAAGACGAACGUAGAAUGGAAGUUGAAAUCGAAGAUGGGGAAGUAGAAUCCGAAGACAGUGAGCAAGAUAGUAUAAUGGAAAGUAGGAGUAAAGGGGGUGAAAUGUUAGAGUCCAGGAAUGACUCUAAUGUAACUAAAACAUCCGAGGGUGUCAGUGAGACGAACAAUACUAGUGAAGUGUCUAAAACUGAUGAUAAGUGUAAAAACACAUCUUGUGAGGCUAUGGAAAUCGAUGAACAGAGUAAUAACUCAGAUGUUGAAUGCCUGGAUGAGAGCAUAACUGAAAUACAAUUUGAUACUGACAAUGUGUUCACUAUGAAAAACUCUGCCCACAAGGAUAACCAGAAUUUAUCAGGCAGCAGUGAUUUACAACAGAUUAACGACAGUGGCGAAGUUACUGACAGUACCAUGGAUACAUCCGACGUGAAGAUAUGCGAGGAGAACGGAAGCUGCGAGAGUCCAGACAUAGAGGAGAUAACCGACGGCACGAAAAACGGUCACAAUACUUCGCCGGAGCGGGCCAAUAAAGAUCCCACGAAGCAACGGAAGCCACGAAAACAAGUAGACCUUAGUAGUAUUACACCAAGAAGAAGUUCUCGUAAUAUAAAGAGGACAAGUUACAUAGAGAAAGAAAUAGAAGAAGACGUAGACGACGAUGGUUCUGAUAUAGAAGAAAUCAAGCCUGAAGAUCCAUUGGCUGGUAUCGAUGGAAAAGACAAAGAGAAUUCGAAGCUAAAGUCACCGGUCAAAAACAGUAAAACUACUAUCGUAGUAAACGAUACCAAACGUUUGGUGGAGAUCGCCGCUGGUAGUAAGUCGGUGAAAGGAGGAAAAAAAGAACCCACCUUAGUUAUUAUAGACACGAAUUCUAUCCUAUCUGGACGCGGUGGUGUUCCUGUGAGUAGCAGUAAGCCACAUCACUCUGUCUCUAGUUCUAGUUCUUUUUCAGUUGUUCCCAUGGGCAUGACAACGCAAACAAUGUAUCCCAACAUGAGAACAACCAUUACACCAGUACCCAUGACGUCAAAAGCGGCACAAUUAAGUCCCAAGACGAGCAGUAUGACUACAGUAACACCUACUGUUCCUCCUAUAUUACCCACAUUAACCGACGAUAUGUUCGUCGUGGAAGCACCAUCUUUUAUAGUACCGUAUGUAUAUGAAAAGCCACCGCUGAAACCAUUAAAAGAUUUCGUCACAAAACUAGAACAAUGCUUAGAGGAGAAAGAAAAGGAAGAACAGAGCAAAAAAAGCGAAGAAAAUAAAGGAGAUGAAGGCAACGACGACUUGGAAGAUAUGAGUCAAAAAAAUAAAGACAAAGGCGAUGAAAGCGAAAGCGAAGGUAGCUCCAAGAGCAAAAGAGACGUAGAGGAUAUCAGAGGAGGUGACAAUUCGGUAGAUCUAACUGAAUCUGGAUUUAGUAAUUUAGGUGACAAACAGGACAUAAGGCAAGACGAUAGAAAUAAAGUACUGACAUACUUUGACUUACCAUUGGGCAAAUUUUUCAUGCAGAUCGGAGUGAAUCUUGUUCAAGAAUACGUGCAAACGGAUCUUUUACGGACUCAAAAGCGUAAACAAGGCAAAGGUAGCACAUCUGCCGAAACUCAAAUAGCUAUAAAUUCACUCAUCAAGAACCUAGAAUUUAGUAAAGAAAAUAACGAACCAUUCCACUUAGAACUGAAAAAAUGUGAGUUCUGUAGUUUUAAAACAGAAUCGACCUUAGUCAUGCAGCAUCAUUUAGAGACUCCGCAUAUGCGCAAUUACGUUUACAAAUGUAACUUUUGUCCGAUCGAGGUGCGUAGUCCUCAUGAUAUCUUAUUUCAUAUGGAAGCGGAACAUAAUACUCGUGGUAGGCUGGAGCGUGGUCCAGCCUUCCAUCAAUGCCCGAAUUGUCCGUUCGAAGACAAUCAGAAAGGCAAACUAACUCGGCACAUACUUGCUUGCACGAAAAAAUUCAGACCAGAGAAGAAUUUGGAACCAGCCGCAGAUUGGGAACCACCGGCAAAGAUUCCAAGAUUGAACCGUGCAAGAGCCCCUGGACCCACUAAUCCCAGCGCACUUGCUGCUAUGGCAAUGGGCGGUAAAGGACCACAACCACUUCUACCGAAAUUACUUCCUGCCCCGAUCACUGGUCGUGGAAGAGGACGACCACCGAUGCAGCCCAGAUAUUCAGAUAUGAAGACAUUACGACCGGGAGGAACACAAAUGCGGCAAGAUAAUGUGGCAGGAAUGAUGUAUCGUCCAACCUCUUCUGGUUUAUUGGUACCUACUUCAUACCAAUUUGGUAGUAACCAGAUAUUCCAGGUGGUGGGUGGCUCUGGGACUGUCAUGUCGGCUGUCUCGGGAGUGAGUAGCAGUAGCGGCGGCAGUUCCGGUCAACCCACACCCAUUGCACUUGUACCCAACGUAAUCGACUCUCUCUCUAGGUUGUCCGCAUCACAGAACACAACGUCCAGUCCUAAAAAUCCUACGGCAAAGUUGUUAAGUCAACCAAGUAUAUCUAUAACGCCAUUACCACGUACAACAUCUCAGUCUUCUAUUCCUGGUUCCGGAACCUCAUCGAAGUCAGGAGGAAAGACCACAUUUGUUAUAUGCGAGAUUUGCGAUGGUUAUAUUAAGGAUUUAGAACAACUACGUAAUCACAUGCAAUGGAUCCACAAAGUAAAAAUACAUCCAAAGAUGAUUUACAAUAGACCUCCUUUGAACUGCCAAAAGUGUCAGUUCCGAUUUUUCACAGAUCAGGGUCUAGAAAGACACUUACUUGGGUCGCAUGGAUUGGUUACGUCGAGUAUGCAGGAAGCUGCAAAUAAAGGAAAGGAUGCAGGUCGCUGUCCCGCCUGUGGCAGGGUAUAUCAGUGGAAAUUACUAAAUCAUGUCGCGCGAGACCACGGAAUGACUCUAAAACCUGCGCAUCUAUCUUAUAAAUGUACAGUUUGCACUGCCACGUUUGGAAUGUAUAAGCAGUUCGAGAAUCAUGUUUACUCGGCACAUAGUGUCGUAGCUAAGAGAGUAAUGGAUAAGAAGAACACACCUUCAUCUCCAUCGUCCAGAUCCAAUGAUUCCCUUCUGAAACCAUUGAAGAUCAAUGACGAGAUCACAAUUAUUCCACAACCAGCAAAACCUACAACCAGGUCGGGUACAUCUCAAGGCAGAGGAAAAUAGCAAUGAUCAGCAGAGUGAUACAUGUGUCUUGUCUUACUGAAUUUCACGUAACAAUUUUGUGGUACUCCAUACCGGUCAUUGUAGUACACAGUGACUGACGUGCCGUGUACAUGUGUAUGCAUAUUAUUGCUUAAGACGCAAUUACAAACAAACAAACAAAGAAACGAAACAAAAAAAAAAUGAAACACACACGUAAAACUACAAUUCUUGGCAGAAACAAAAAAAAACAACUAGUUGAUUGCGUAAUAAUAUUCCAUCAAUGAUUAUACCGAUAUAUUUAUUUAAGAAUUUUUAUUGUUGUUAUCGGACAUACAUAAAAUAGACUGUAAAAAUAUUAAAGGGUGGCCUUCAGUCUAAUUCCUUGGUUAAUCCUAGAGCUGCAUACUCUCCUGACCUAUACACGCCUAUGAGAAAAAAAAACCUUAUAAAUACUAAGUGUAUUUACAUUUUAUGCGACACUCACAUGUCAUACUGCGAAUCACUCUUUAAAUAGAAAAUUCACUAUAAUAUAAAAUUCAUUUUCUAAGAUAAAUAUAUUUGAAUUAAUUAUAUUUUGUUAUUAAUGCUAAUACGAUUGCGUAGGGCAAUGGAAUGAUAAAACACUGUCCUUACUCUUACAUAAUCGAUACGUCAACGCAACAUGUUUGCGGAGAGCAAUUUCUGAACGAUAUACGAAAUAACAAAUUGUACUAAUUAACCAGAGUGCCCUAGACUGUCCCGCGCGCGGUAUACAUAUUUGGUAUUGUAAUAAUACCGCACUGCAAUCUUUUCUAUCAUGUGUACACUUACUUUUUUUCUCUUUUUUUUUUUUCUAAUUUCGCCAUCGUAUUUUUUCUCCUUGAAGCGACGAACGUGGGACUCGGCGAAUCGUUGCUUAAUUUGUAAACGUUUCGUGGAAGUUGCGUGUAUGAAAAUAAGUUAUAAUGUCAAAGACCUUUCGAGUUGUAAAUUGUAUCUAUUUCUAUAAGUUACAACCUUCGAUGGCAAGUAUUGUAAUAAAAGCAUUCAGUUUUAUUUUUGCGCUUUUAUAAGAACAAAAAUGUACAUUAAUAUAGAAUAUAAUAUAAACGAUUAUAUCAAUAAAAUAGGAUGGCACACA